CAAUGAAGUUCUUCGCUGUUGCCACUCUCUUCGCCGCCACCGCCAUGGCUGGCAUUGUCCCUUCGGAAUUUAGCUGGAUCAGCCAAACCGGUCUCACGAACCUCAACAAGGCCAACGCCGAGAACACCUGCGGCGACAACACCGUGAUGUGCUGCACUGGAUUCACCCCGAGCACCGGAGGCUUCAGCGACAGUGAUACCGUCUUGAGCAAGAUGGGAAGACAGGUCCCUGGUAAAGUGGAAGGCGGCAAGAGCUGCAGCCCUUGCGGUCCUGAUAACAAAGGCCAGAGCGUUGCCUGCUGCACCGGAGGAAGCGGCAACCUGAUCAACCUUCCCUGCAUCGCCAUCGGCAGCAUCCUCUAAACGGUUUCGUAUCGAAUAUUAUAGCCGGGGGACACCCAUGUCAAUAUCUUCCCCCGAGUGACCUUGGAAAUACAAUCGAAUGUACAGU